AUGAGUUCUCGAGAGUCCCUGGACAAGGCAGGAUCCAUUGACGAUGAGAAGAGGACCCACGUCCACGUCGCUGCGGCCAGCGAAGAGGUCGACACGGGUGCUCGGCUCGUUGCAGGUACGUUUGAGGAAGUGGAUCCCAAGGAGGCACUGCGGUUGCGGAAGAAGAUCGACCGGCACAUAAUGCCUUUAAUGUGUGUCCUGUACUGGAUUCAAUUCAUGGACAAGACAACGCUAGGGAGUUCUGCGAUUCUUGGAAUCAAGACCGCUACGCAUCUCACGACGAACGAGUAUAAUUGGCUUGGAACGAUAUUUUAUCUGAGCUACCUCGCAUUCGAGUAUCCACAGAAUCUGGCCCUCCAGCGAUUCCCAGUCGGAAAAUGGAUGAGCAUCAACAUCUUCGUCUGGGGAAUCGCUCUAUGCUCCCAUGCAGCAUGCAAGAACUUUGGUGGACUAAUGGCAUGUCGGUUCAUUCUGGGCAUGUGCGAGGGCUCCAUUACGGCCGGCUUCAUGAUCGUGACGUCUAUGUUCUACACACGGAAAGAGCAGACCAUUCGCGUGGGCUAUUGGUUUUUGAUGAACGGGACAGCCCAGAUCAUCAUUGGUUUCAUAAGUUUUGGUGUCCUGCAUUCCAAAACGGGAGGCUUUCAGCCGUGGCAAUGGCUUGUGAUCAUCACCGGCCUCUUGACUCUGAUUACAGCGGUCGCGUUCUGGUUCAUGUUCCCCGAUUCCCCUACGACUGCAUGGUUCCUCGCGCCAGAGGAGCGAGUCACUGCUGUGCAACGCAUCAAGGGCAACCAAACAGGUGUCGAGAACAAGCGCUUCAAAAAGGAACAGUUCUAUGAGGCGCUCCUCGACCCUAAGACGUGGCUCUUCGCGCUCUUCUCCGCACUGGAUAACGUGCCGAACAGCCUGACAAACCAGCAGCAGAUCAUCAUGGCGUCGUUUGGCUUCACGAGCCUACAGACGACGCUGCUCGCGAUGGUCAGCGGCGUCGUCGAGAUCGUCACGAUCUUCACAGGUGUGCACAUCGCGUCAUAUUUUACCAACGCACGGGCCUACGUCGGCGUGAUCUACUUCAUCCCCACACUCCUCGGCAUCCUGCUCGUGAAUCUCCUCCCUUGGACGGACAAGGUUGGGCUGUUAUUUGGACAGUGGAUGACCACCAUUAGCGUGACCGCGUUCGUGCUUCAGCUGUCUUGGAUUACGAACGUUACCGCGGGACACACAAAGAAAGUCACGGUGAACGCGAUAAUGCUCAUCGCUUACUGCGUGGGCAACGCCGCCGGUCCGUUCAUGUGGCAAGCCAAAUACGUCCCAAGGAACCAUGUCCCGUGGACCGUCAUCGGGAUCUGCUACGUGUGUUGCAUGAUUAUUCUGCUCAUCAUUCGCUUCCUGUUGUGGCGCGAAAACAAGCGAAGGGAUGCGGAGCCACCAGACACAAAGUACGACGAUGUGUACAUCGAGGUCACCCUUCCAGAUGGCUCGCAUGUCGAGCGGAAAGUACAGAAGGAGUACCUCGACCUCACAGAUAUACAGAACCGUGAUUUCAGAUACAUCUUGUAA